UGUGUGUCAUUAUUGAUUCUUGAUAUACUCAUAUCACAUAUUUUGUUCAUGAAAAUGCUUAGCAAUACCAACGGAAGAAGUAAAUGCAGGGCUUCAAUAUUUUGCCUGAUCUGCGCUUGAAGUCAGUGGGAAGCUGUGGUGAGACGAGGGCCACCGGAAAAUUAUCAACAACCUUAGCCGUUCUGGUCCAAAAACCAAAGAUGGCUUCCAACGAUUCAGCAACUGUAGACCGAAUCAGUGAGUUGCCGGAUUCUCUUCUCCAUCACAUUCUCUCUCUCAUGACGAUAGAGGAGGCAUUCAUAACGCAUGCUUUCUCGAAAAGGUGGCGCUAUCUCUGGACUUCACUUUAUAAUUUUUAUUUAAAUUGUGAACUUUACAAUGAAGAAUACGUGUCCUUUGUUGACUAUGUAUUAGCUCAUUCAGUUUCUCCUAAAAUAAAAGAAUUUGUGCUCUACUUCCAUGACCCGAAUGAAUACAAGUCCGCACUCAGCAGAUGGCUUAGUUUUGCUGUUGAAAAGAAAGUGGAAAAUGUUGUGCUUUGGUCAUAUUCUGAGGAUGAUGCCUGUCCAUUGCCUGAAUUUUUCUAUACCUGUUCGUCGUUGAUAACAUUAGUUUUGGGUUUUUGUUACUUUGACGCUGGCGUGGUCAUAUCGUGGAAGUCACUAAAGAGCAUAACAUUCACGUGUAUGGCGUUAUCCGAUGACCAUAUUGUGAACUUACAGUUAGGUUGUCCUGCUUUGGAAACUAUGGAAUUUAACUGUUUUAAGGGUUUACUCACCUGGAAAUUAGGUCUUCUAAAUUAAAGACACUGAAAUUGAUAAAUUAUGGUGACGAUGGAACUAGUGAUCAGUCCUUGGAAAUUGUUGCUCCCUAUCUUCAACAUUUGGAGAUUUCAGGAAGUCUUGAUGAUUUCAAGUGUAGGCUUGUAGAUGUGUCCUCUGUGGUUAAUGCUACGCUUACCUU